AUGCUGCCCACCGCCUUCACCUCGCCGAAAGCGACCACGGCAUUCCUCGCGCGCAGCACAGGGCUCACCACCACCUUUCGCGCGGCGAACACGUCCACGACGUCUUGGGCUGUGGAGUUGGACGAGGCUGGCAAAAGUUCCGGUCUCGGCCACUGGGGCUACCUUUUGCUCGGGGCGUUCCUGGGCCUGGCGGCUUGCCUUUGCUGCCUGGAGCUGUUCCACACAGCGUGGAAGGGACCGGGCCGGCGCAUGGUCUCGGGGUGGCUACGCUCCGAAAGGCCCGGGAACACCACGGACUCGGAGAACUCCGAGUCCAGCGUUGAUGAGGAGGAAGUUUCCGCGGCGUCUUCGGAUGCGUCGGUCAAUGCCAUCGCCAGUAUCUUCAUGGGCGGAGUUGCGACUGGUGCGGCGUGGGCCAGCUUUCUCUUCGGGGAUAGCCCCCCUCGGGGCAGGCUGCCGAUCAUGAUGCCGGCCACGGCGGCAGACACCAUCCCGGUGGGGGACGUAGAGGUCGACUACUCCGAGGGGCUGCUGACCUCCUACAGGUCGCCCCGGCUCAAGGCGGCCUACCCCUUCGGCCACGGGCUCACCUUCACCAGCUUCGAGUUCUCGGGCGCGAAGCAGCUCGCUUGCCCCAACGUCGCCUGCGUAAGCGUGGGCAUCAAAAACUUGGGCCAUGGCUCUGGGGAGGAGGUCGUGCAGGCCUAUGUGCAUUUCCCAUCUCCUCAGGGCGGAGAUGAUCGAUGGGUCCAGUCCACUCCUGCCAUGGUGCUCAAGAAAUUCCAGCGGACCAAGGUCUUGCAGCCCAACGAGAGCCAGCUGCUGCGCCUGGACUUCUCCCCGGAGGACUUCUCGCUCUUCUCCUCGGAGCGCGGAUGUGCCGCAGUCCAAGGUGGAGGUGUGGCUGGGAGCAUCCAGCCGGGACAUCCGCGCCAAGGUGCUCAUCGAGGUUUCCAGCUGAGCCGCGAGCCUCUUGAAGUCGCCGAAAUCUCAGGCGCAGACCUGCAGUUUGCAGAGUCGGCUUGGGGGCCUUCGGUUUUCGGGCCAACCUGGCCGGGUUUUCAGACCUUUGGAAGGCGCGCACAAAGCGCGGCUUCCUUUGGCGGCUGA